AGUACACACUAGGUUUCAGCGAUUAUAUAGCAAAGGUUUCAUGUUCACGGAUUAAGCUAGUAGGACCUAUGUACAUAUUUUAUUAUUUUGUUUAUCAGUUUAUUUCUACUUUAUCUCACCAAAUUAUUUUAGAUAGUUCAGACUGUAAGUUUUGUACAAGGUUAUACACGGAGUGUAUAUGAGAAGACGUUUCUACAAACAUCAACCAAAGUGUUAGACAAGACGCCCCCACGACACAAGCAAACUCAGAAUGAAACUCGACUAUAUCAAACACAAGGUAUUGCUCUCAGUGGAAUUCCUUGCCGUCCUAUUCAUCAUCCUUGGGAUCUUCCUGAAAAUCUGGUGGUCAAGCGGUCAUGAUGACACUCUCCAGAAUUACGGUCUUUGGGAUCGCGUCCUGUGUACGGAUGGAGUUUGUCAACUGACCACCGGGGAAAGUUCUGGAUUCCUGAUGUUUAUUCGCUUUGCUGGAGUUUUCGGUAUUAUCCUGACAAUAUGUGCCUUACUGUCUACUGUUGUUUAUCUAUGGAAACGAAACACCUUCUUCAACUACGUGACUGGCGUGUUCUCUAUUUUCAAUGGGUGCGUCACGUUUUUGGUGAUGGUGGUACUAAUGGGAGAGUACCUCAGUAUCUCCUGGGCCUGGACCAGAGCACGGGAGUUAGUUCAGACCCCAGAUAAUGAAAUUCUCUGCUACAACGCAGUGGUCAUCUUCUUUUUCGUCUUCUCGGGUAUCGCAAGCAUGGUCAGCGCCCUCUUCACACUAAUGAAGCUUGACAAUGCACCGGAACACAAGGGCAGUAACUCUAUGAAGAAGGUUAAGGAAGAUAUAGCUCUCGUGUCUAUGGAUGUACGGCGUUAGUACAGCAUUUUUUUAUCUGUGUAGUUUUUACUCAUCAUAACGUUGAACAUGCUCUUAAACUGGUAGAACUGUUAUAAAAAAUGAUACAUUAUUUGAUUCUACAGAGCAUCCUGAAGCAAAUUUUCAUGCAAAUAAAACUCACACUUUUUAUAU